GUCCUGGCUGCUGCUCAGGACCUGCAGGGCACACAGUGGUGUCCGCAGCUCUGCAGGUCCCAGUCCAGAGAGGCGGCAGGAGGAUGGAGUUUGGAAGGAUUUCAGCUCCAGGCUGGCCACUGGACCGAUUUCAGCAUUUUUUAAGAAGUGCUUCAGUUCCUCUAGAGAAACCGUCUACUCCAGAUGUGGAGGACCCACCCCCAUAUCUCACAGUGGAUGAUCUUUUAGGAAGGCAGAGAAAAGUCUACCUUGAGACGUAUGGCUGCCAGAUGAACGUGAAUGACACAGAGAUAGCCUGGUCCAUCUUACAGAAGAGUGGCUACCUCCGGACCAGUAACCUUCAGGAGGCUGAUGUGGUCCUCCUUGUCACAUGUUCUAUCAGGGAGAAGGCUGAACAGACCAUCUGGAAUCGUUUACAUCAGCUCAGAUCCUUGAAGUCAAAACGGCUCCGCUCCCGAGUGCCUCUGAGGAUUGGGAUUCUAGGCUGCAUGGCUGAGAGAUUGAAGGAGGAGAUCCUCAACAGAGAGAAAACGGUGGAUAUUUUGGCUGGUCCAGAUGCCUAUAGGGACCUUCCUCGGCUGCUUGCUGUUGCCGAGUCAGGCCAGCAAGCUGCCAAUGUUCUGCUCUCUCUGGAUGAGACCUAUGCUGAUGUCUUGCCAGUCCAGAUGAGCCCCAGUGCCACUUCUGCUUUUGUGUCUGUCAUGCGAGGCUGUGACAACAUGUGCAGCUACUGCAUUGUUCCUUUCACACGUGGCCGGGAGAGGAGUCGGCCUGUUGCCUCCAUUCUAGAGGAAGUGAGGAAGCUUUCUGAGCAGGGGCUGAAAGAAGUAACACUCCUUGGUCAGAAUGUGAAUAGUUUUCGGGACAAUUCAGAGGUCCAGUUCAACAAUGCAGUGUCCACCAACCUUAGCCGUGGCUUUUCCACCAACUAUAAAGCCAAGCAAGGGGGCCUUCGUUUUGCUUACCUUCUGGAUCAGGUCUCCAGAAUAGAUCCUGAAAUGAGGAUUCGUUUCACCUCUCCCCACCCCAAGGACUUUCCUGAUGAGGUUCUGCAGCUGAUUCACGAGAGGGACAAUAUCUGUAAACAGAUCCACCUACCAGCCCAGAGUGGAAGCAGCCGUGUAUUGGAGGCCAUGCGGAGGGGAUAUUCAAGAGAAGCUUAUGUGGAAUUAAUUCAUCAUAUCAGAGAGUCUAUCCCAGGUGUGAGCCUCAGCAGCGAUUUCAUUGCUGGCUUUUGCGGUGAGACGGAGGAAGAUCACCUCCAGACAGUGUCUUUGCUUCAGGAAGUUCAGUACAACAUGGGCUUCCUCUUUGCCUAUAGCAUGAGACAGAAGACACGGGCAUAUCACAGGCUGAAGGAUGAUAUCCCGGAGGAGGUAAAAUUAAGACGUUUGGAGGAACUUAUCACUGUCUUCCGAGAAGAAGCAACAAAAGCCAACAAGACCUUUGUGGGUUGUACCCAGCUGGUGCUGGUGGAGGGGCUCAGUAAACGCUCUGCCACUGACCUGUAUGGCCGGAAUGAUGGAAACCUUAAGGUGAUCUUUCCUGAUGUAGAGAUGGAGGAUGUCACUAACUCUGGUCUCAGGGUCCAAGCCCAGCCUGGGGACUAUGUGCUGGUGAAGAUCACCUCAGCCAGCUCUCAGACACUUAAAGGACAUGUUCUCUGCAGGACCACUCUGAAGGACUCUGCAGCAUAUUGCUGACCUGAGUGGUUGGCCUCUCAUUCCUUCCCAGCAGGAAGAAAGAUAUGACUAGUCACUAACAAAAGAGGUAACGAAGCUUUGGAGACAAGCUGCAAGUGGUGAAGCAACUUUCUAUGAAAUGGAAAAUGUAUUUCUUUGCUCCUUUGUGAACAGCCUUUACAGUCAUUAAAUUUACCUAAACUAA